GCCCUCCGCGCGCAGGCUCGCGGCGCCGCGCCUCGGAGCGAGCCUAGCCCGGGGUCUGCCGGGAAACGUAGUGUCUAACGAUUGGCCUGUGCAGCCCCACGGCUCGAGAGCUACGGUCACGCGCAACUACAAGUCCCAUUACACUCCGCGAAGCCUUGAUCGCCGACUUUUGCGGGGAAGGGAGUGGGGCGAACAUGGCUGAAGGCGGCCACGGCGGCCCAAUGUGCAGCGGCUUGGGCGACAGUAAGGACCCGCUCCCCAGAAGUGGUGGCUGCAACUUCCCGGAGUAUGAGCUUCCCGAGCUAAACACGCGCGCUUUCCACGUGGGCGCCUUUGGGGAGCUGUGGCGUGGCCGGCUGCGCGGGGAAGGGGACUUGUCGCUUAAAGAGCCGCCGGCAUCCGCGCUGUGGGGGCGCCGAGGAGACUCCGGCCGGGAGGAUGCCGCUGUGGCCCGGGAUCUGGGCUGCAGCCUGGAGGCGGCAGCCGAGCUGAGGGCGGUGUGCGGCCUUGAUAAACUGAAAUGCCUUGAGGAAGGUGAGGAUCCCGAAGUCAUCCCAGAGGCUACUGACCUAGUGACUUUGGGAGUUAGAAAGAAGGUUCUGGAACAUCGGGAAGAAACCAUAACAAUAGAUCGGGUCUGCAGACAAGAAACCUUUGCUUACGAGAUGGAGUCACAUGCCAUAGGGAAGAAGCCUGAAAAUCCAGCAGACAUGAUUGAAGAAGGGGAGCUUAUCCUUUCUGUGAAUAUCUUGUACCCUGUUAUAUUUCACAAGCACAAAGAACACAAACCAUACCAGACAGUGCUGGUACUGGGCAGUCAGAAGCUCACAGAACUGAGGGAUUCAAUUUGCUGUGUCAGUGACCUCCAGAUUGGUGGGGAAUUCAGCAGUACUCCUGACCAAGCCCCUGAGCACAUCAGCAAAGACCUAUACAAAUCAGCCUUCUUUUAUUUUGAAGGAACAUUUUACAAUGAUAAAAGAUACCCUGAGUGCAGAGAUUUGAGCAGAACUAUCAUCGAGUGGUCCGAGUCCCAUGAUAGAGGCUAUGGAAAGUUUCAGACUGCUAAAAUGGAAGAUUUCACCUUCAAUGACUUGUGUAUUAAACUGGGUUUUCCGUACUUAUACUGUCACCAGGGAGACUGUGAACAUGUUGUUGUCAUUACAGACAUAAGGCUUGUGCAUCAUGAUGAUUGCUUGGAUAGGACACUUUAUCCCCUUCUUAUCAAGAAGCAUUGGCUAUGGACCAGAAAAUGUUUUGUUUGUAAAAUGUACACAGCCAGAUGGGUGACAAACAAUGACAGUUUUGCACCAGAGGACCCAUGUUUUUUUUGUGAUGUUUGCUUCCGAAUGCUCCACUAUGAUUCAGAAGGCAACAAACUGGGGGAAUUCCUUGCUUAUCCUUAUGUUGAUCCUGGAACCUUUAAUUAGUAACAAAAAGUAUACCCUUUUGAAAUAACUCUCUUAUUAGAUGGUUACUUUUAUUUCCAAGACAUACUGCCACUGAGGAACAGGAUCCACCCGUAGCAGUCAACUAAAACCAUGUUCUCCCACACCCCAUGCAAAAGUUCCAAUCACAUUUUUUUAUAAAGUAACUUGUAUUUAAAUAUUUAGGAACAUAAUUAAAUUAUUUUAGUACUUAUUCCUACUUUUUAUUUAGUGUUCUUUGUCCAUUUUUAAGUGAGUUGCUUAUCUUACAAAGUUGUAGGAGUGCUUUAUGUAUUUUGAAUGUAAAUCCUUUGUCAGAUACAUGUAUUGAUUUUCUCCCAGUCUGUGGCCUGCCCUAUUCAUUCUGUGUCCAGACUGUUUUGCUAAUUUGUCAUUAGCAAAAUUCAGUUAAUGAUAUAUCAAAUGGAAGUAUUUUGAAAAUUCUUUGAAGAAUGUAAGCUAUACCCUGUAACAUGAGGCUUCCAAGGUAAAGACCCUUUAAAUAUCUAAUAAAAAUGAGGGAGAAAUUAAAAUAUUAUUUAAUAAAUACAAUAUUAAUAGCUAUUAUGUAACUUUA